AUGGCGGUGUCACCCGGCUCCUGCUCGCUGCCUCCCCUGGUCCUAGGCAACAGCGCAGACUCCGAGACAUUCCGUUUGGAUCCGGCUGCCUCUGAUGCAGCAGCGCCGCCACGGCGGCCAGCCGUCAACCUUGAUGCCAGCGCCAAGAGCGGCGGCAGCAGCGGUCCCCAGUCGAGCGGAGAGCGGCAGGCUGGUGCGACAGCUGGCAGCUCAAAGCCGUCGGCAGGUGGCGGCCGCAAGCGCAGUCGGCAGGAGCAGGAAGGUCCCGGAGUAGAGGCAGAAGGAGGAGCUGAGGGAGAGGAGGAUGAGGGGCAGCGCACCAAGCCGCAGAGACGGGGGCGGCAGCAGCAGCAGCAGCGCCCCGCAGCCGCUGGGCGCCAGCCAUCGCCGCCGGAGACGCCCAGCCCGCCCCGGCCGGCGCAGCACGGCGAGGCGCAGCAGCUGGCUGAGGGGCAGCAGCAGUCGCCGUCUGGCAAGCACCGGCUGCGCUGGUGGCAGCAGGCGGUUUUAGAUCCCCAGCAGCGGGGCGGCGAGGCAGGCGGUGCAGCAGCUCAGGGGCAAGGGCAUGAACCCGAGGCUGUGGCGGAGGCUCGGCGGCAGUUGCAGGAGGCGGGGGCUGCAGCCAGGGCUGCCGAGAGCCGCACCACCCUUGUGACAUCGGUGCUCGAGGCGACGCUGCAGCAGCAGCUGCAGUAUCAAGCGGCCGCCAGCGAGGGGGCGGCGGCGGCGGCGGCCGCUCGGCAGGAGGUGGAAGUUCUGCAGCGGCAGGUGGCGGCCUUGCAGGACCGCCUGGAGCGGCAGCAGCAGGCGGUACAGGAGGUACGGGAGCAGGAGCAGGCGGCACGGGAGCGCGCGGCGCAUGCCCAAGCUGCACAACAACAGGCAGAGCGGGACAAGGAGGCGGCAGCAGCGGCGGCCACGGCAGCGGCAGCCUCGCUACAUCGCGAGCUGGAGGCUGCACGCCUAGAGAUGUCGGCCGUGCGGCAGCAGCAGGAGCUGGCCGCUGCAGCAACGGCGGCGGCUGCGGCGCCCGGAGGCGACCCUCGCGCCUGGUGGCAGGCGCAGCAGGAGCUGGCGGAGCUGCGGUGGGAGCGGGACCUGGUCAUGGCAGCAGCACACCACAUCUGGCAGCAGCAGCAGGAGCUGGAGCAGGCGAAGCAGGCUGCGGCGGCUGCGGUGGCCGCCGCUCUGCGCCCACAGCCCCUCCCCAGCCCUCCCCACAGCUCUCCGGGCCCCAGCGCGGGCGUGGAGUGCGCCCCGCAGCAAGCUGCGCGGCAGCAGGCAGGCGCCGUGCCCGCCGCAGACCCGGCAGGGGCGGCGGCCGGGGUGGAACCUCUGCUGGCGCUGGCGGCCGCGGCCGGCGCCGCCUGUGCCAGCCCUGCCGUGCCUUAG